GAGAGUUGUCCCCUGCUUAGUUUAAAGUUCAUGUGAUUUUGCUUUCGCUGUGCAAAAGUUAUUUUAGAAGUCUUGAUCUAGACUAGAUUUAGAUCUAUAUUCAAUAUUCAAUCAAUAUUGUUAUGAACUGUUAAAAGAUUUAAAAUAAAAUAUGGCAGAACCCCUCAGAUUCGACGGCAAAGUAGUUCUUGUAACAGGAGCUGGAAAUGGUCUUGGAAAAGCUUAUGCUCUAGCUUUUGCUGAGAGAGGAGCUUCAGUGGUGGUGAAUGACUUGGGCGGGAGCAUCAGUGGUUCUGGCAAAAGCUCCAAAGCUGCAGAUGAGGUUGUGCACGAGAUAAUAACUAAAGGUGGUAAAGCUGUGGCCAACUAUGACUCAGUGGAAAAUGGUGAAAAAAUUGUUCAGACAGCUCUGGAGAAGUUCGGUAGAAUAGAUAUUGUGGUGAAUAAUGCUGGAAUAUUGAGAGACAAAUCAUUCGCCAGAAUCAGUGAUGAAGACUGGGAUAUCAUUCACCGUGUCCACCUCAGGGGCUCUUUUCUAGUAACUAGAGCAGCAUGGCCACAUAUGCGAGACCAGGGCUUUGGAAGAAUUAUUCUGGUCAGCUCAUCAGCUGGGAUCUACGGCAACUUUGGCCAAGCUAACUACAGCGCUGCUAAACUUGGCCUGGCUGGUCUCUCCAGUACCCUGUCCAUUGAGGGGAAAAAGUAUGGGAUCAACUGUAACUGUGUGGCCCCUAUGGCUGGCUCCAGGCUCACUGAGACGGUCAUGCCAAAAGAGAUUCGUGAUGCCCUAAAGCCUGAAUAUGUUGCUCCAGUGGUGCUUUAUUUGUGCCAUAACUCAUGUCAAGAAACAGGGGGGCUAUUUGAAGUAGGGGCGGGCUGGGUAGGAAAAUUACGAUGGCAAAGAACAGAGGGUGUCUUUUUGAGAGAAAAGAAUAAGGCAGUCACCCCUGAAACAGUUCGAGACAACUGGGACAGAGUAACAGACUUCAGCAACCCAACUUACCCAACUUCCACCAGAGAGUCCAGUGCUUUUAUGGUAGAGCUGGCCAACAGCAUGGACCAAGAGGAGAGAGAGGCCCAGGCUGCUGCUGACCUAAAGGACCCUGUGGCUUUGGCUAAAACUUUUAAACUGCAAGGAGUAAAAUAUACAUACACAGAAAAGGAGGCUGUAUUGUAUGCACUUUCAGUUGGUACUUCUACCACCCAACCUGAUUACCUGAAGUUUUUAUUUGAGUUAUCUGAAGACUUCACCAUCCUGCCAACAUUUGGGGUCAUCCCAGCAUUUGCCUGUUUGUAUUCAGCCACAGGGAAGGGUGUGCCAGGUCUAACUCUGGAUCCCACUAAACUACUACAUGGAGAACAGUACCUAGAACUGUUUAAACCAAUUCCUCGCUCUGGGACUCUGACCUCCAAGCUGUGGCUGUGUGACGUCAUGGACAAGAAAUCUGGAGCUGUCCUCUUGUACAAUGUUGAAACCUAUGAUGAAAACAAUGACAAAGUUGCCUUUAACCAGUUCUCCACCUUCUAUGUUGGGGCUGGAAACUUUGGUGGACCCAAAACAUCAACUGAAACCAUUCCAAUCAUUGAAGUUCCCAGCAGAGCUCCUGAUUCUGUCAUGCAAGAAAAAACCUCAGUCGACCAGGCUGCCCUGUAUCGUUUAAAUGGAGACAAAAAUCCAUUGCAUAUUGAUCCUAGCUUUGCUGCUAUGGGAGGUUUCAAAACUCCAAUUUUGCAUGGGCUCUGUUCUUUUGGGUAUGCAGUUCGACAUGUCAUGGCAACUUUUGCCAACAAUGAUAUGAGUCGAUUCAAGGCAGUGAAGGUAAGGUUUGCUAAACCUGUUCUACCGGGGCAGACUUUGUUGACAGAGAUGUGGAAGGAAGGCAGUCGCAUUCAUUUCCAAACAAAAGUGGCAGAGACUGGCAGUGUUUGUAUCACUGGUGCCUAUGUUGAUUUGUUGAACACAACAGAACCAAAACCAAUACCUAAGGCAACCAAUCUAAAAAGUCAGGCGGUGUUUGAACAGAUGGCAUCACAAAUCAAGAAUAACCCAGGCCUUGCUGCUAAAAUUAAUGCAGUGUUUCAGUGGAAUAUUACUAAAGAUGGGGCACAGGCUACUAGCUGGGUUGUUGACAUGAAGAGCUCUCCAACUGGUGAAGUUUAUGAAGGGACACCCAGGGCAGGAAAAGCUGAUUGUACUUUAACUCUAACAGAUGACAACUUUGUGGACUUGGUGUCUGGGAAACUUGAUGCUCAAAAGGCCUUUCUUGGUGGAAAGUUAAAACUUUCUGGAAAUAUUAUGCUAGCUCAAAAACUGGGAGAUCUCUUUGCUAUGAAAUCAAAGAUUUGAGCAUGAAUAGUUUUUUAGUUUAAUAUUAUUAAAUAAGUCAGUAAAAAUUUAAGCUUUUAAUGUGCUCUGUAUAACUUGAUAAGAGGAGGUUCUACUAUUUUUGUGAUAAUUACAUUCAUUUACCAUUUUUAACUAAAUAGAUUUCAGUAUCAAUUUUAAGAUGUUUUAAAAUACAUGAACUGACUUGUUUUAACAUAAUAUACUUACAACUCAGCUUAUUCAAUGUAUGUUUAUCAUAAUGAAUAUAAUCCAUUAAUAUAAGGUUAGAUUACAUGCUAAAUAUUUCAUGUAUAUAAUUCUUCAGUAUCAACCACAACCAAAACAUUGAAAGUGUUAAAAGUUGUCACCACUAAGUAUUGCAGUAUUACCUAAACAAAGAGAUUUAGAAUUAUUUAACUUUUUUAAUGUAUUUAUAGACUAAGAAAUCAUUUUUUAUAAUAUCAAAAAUUAAGAUUGUUUUCUGAAUGAAGUUUUUCCAUGUUUUUAGUUUUCUUUAACUACUCAGAUUUUUUUUAGUCUUUUAAUUUUUAUUAAAAUGUUUCUUUCAAGUGUUAAAUAAUUUAUUGACUACUUAUUAUACAAAAUGUUUGAGAAAGUUAAUGUGUUACAAAUGUGUUUGAUUUGUCAACACUGAUUCACUAGCUAUAAUUUUUACAAUUUUUUUUUACAUAUGUAAAAAAUAAUCUAUUUAAAUUUCCUUAUAAUUUUCUGACAAUUUUUUUCUGUUCAAUUAAAAGAUAAGUUAUGACUCUCUGUGUUGUCUCAGCCAGGUGUGGCUGUUGUUAAACUUAGUCCCCUCUGAGUUAGCUGUUUACCUUUUUAUUGUUUGUUUUAUAUAUA